CACGAACCAAAUACUCACAUCAUCUAUCAUACCCUCUUAAAGUGACAGCUGCAUACCUACUAUCCGCGAUAUAGCGCAAUAAGUAUUUCAAUUUAGGCGCAGGACUAUCAGGGUUUACAGCUUGAGGCUCACCUACCGGCUGAAAUACCUAUUCACCUUUCUUAGCGCCCUACGCGUCAUCAGUAAUACUCUAGCCUCAACAUUCAAACCGUCGCCUUCGACGGACGGAGUCGCUCCAACACAUCGAGCCACUCCAUCUCCGGUGGUCAAAAGCUUCGACGACAACAAAUUCUUGCUGGCCCCGCCACAAUUUCUCCCUGAAUUGCUGUUUCCUUUCUCGAUAUUGUGGUUACAACCGACUGACCAGACCGGCCGUGUCAGCGACCGCACUUCUUACGCGCCGUGUUUAUGCCUCGUCGUGUAUUCCCUCAUCGCCACUCUGUAUUAUCCACCGGGUUCUCCGUAUUCUUCUUGUUUGUGCGGGAGUCCAUCACCCACACAACAUUGUCUGUCGGAAUCACGCGCAGCAACACUGCCAGGUCUUUGGAGCCUCAACCCAGCUGUACAUGUGACGAUCACUCGACACUUGCCUGACACAUAUGUUCUCUCGCCUCUUGGUUGCGUUCAGCCGUCUUGCCGGACCUUCGCGGACAUCGGGCCUGCUGGGUUGACAUAUUAUACCAAUACCCCCAUCCUCACACCCUUUCGCAGUACCCUUUGUUGCAAAUAGCGCCGAGGGUUAUUACUUAGAUCGUCAUGAAGCCUGUUGCCACAUCGCCUGAACAGCUCACCUCACAGGUACAUCGGCUGUCGUUCGCUUCACCCCGUCUCGAGAACGCUGGCUGUUUAGCUCCGGGCGAGGAUGUCAACAGAUCCUACCCUGCGAUGUUCGUGACCACUGAUGCCCGAUCUGCAGCCAGCCCAAUCGCCCCCAGCAACCCUCAAGAGGUAGCCUGCCUGAACUUUGCGACUGGUGACGUUUGCUCAGGCUCAUCGCUUAGGACAAGCGCUGUCAGUUGUAUCAGACUGCGAAGUGCCCUUCUUUCGCCCUCCCUCGAGGACCUGCCAAACGAGGUUUUGUUUCACAUUAUGGGUUUCCUGGACGUCAACGACCUUCUGUCAACGUCGAGAACGAGCCAUCUCCUUCGCGAUAUUUCUCAAGCCCCUAUUUUACACCAUUAUCGGCUUCAGCGAGCCCGAAUUAACCUUCCAUCACGCCUAUCGUCACCAUCUCGUCCAACACUGGCUGAUCUCAUUGCUCGUUCAAUCUUCAUGACACAUACUUCCAUAGUUUCUCGAAAGUUAGCCCGAUCCUUGGUAUCAAUCCGAUUGUCUCGCCGCUUGGCAGCCAGACCCUCGGCCGCAGCCUUGGUUGAGCGUUCUGUUUUACCCAAGGAGUGCGUGCCUGGUAUGACGUCAGUGCAUGUGGCGCCAGCAAUUGUCGCCAAGAAGAAGGCAAUCGAGAAAGAGAGAGUUAAGGACGGAUUGCGACAGUGGAUCGCGUCGAGAUGGAAGCGUGAAGUCAAAGAGCGCCAAGAUGGCGUAAGAAAAUGGGAGGAGAGCCGUGGCAUAGGACGCGUGUGGCGCCUCCGUAAGUUUUGGGAAAGAGUUAGUCGUGGCGAGGAGCGAGACAGUGCUUGGUAAGUCAGUGAUAUCAACUUCUAUGAGGUGAAUCGUUGUAAGGUCGCGUUUGCAAUCAUGCAUGAAGGACCACUAUAGUUCGGUUCUGUAUUGGUCACAGUUCUGACAGGGAGACGUCAGCGGUAGUAGUGGCUUUCGUCCUGUCGGCAGGAUUACUUGUAUGAUACAUUAUGUACGAUGUGGUGAUGUUACAAAAUCGACGAACUCCGUUAUGUGUACCGGGCCAUGUGAAGGCGAUCGGCGAACCCCUCACGAGUGGUAUCUUUCUAUCAUGCAUGGUUAUGCACAAAGUCCCUUUUGCUCAGGCUGUACGAAACCUGAAACCAUCCCAAUCAUCAUCUUCUUCGUCCUCCUCCUCAUCGUCGUCCUCUUCCUUCUCUUCAAUAGCUGGCGUGUCCAGAUUCUCUUUGCCCAAGCUUGGAGGUUUUCCAGUGCCAUUUUCUUGGCUGAAGCUUUCACUACGUUUCCGUAGGGCUUCCCUCUUGU